CGGGUAUCCGGCAGGUCUUUUGCCCCUUCCUUUCCUUACCCUCCGCGGUUUGCUUUCUCUCUUCUUCACAUACAACGUAAUAGCCACAUCUCUGCGCUCGACCACCAGCUCUCCGACGGACAAGACGUUUUCUCCCUAGCCCAAGUCCUGUACCCGCCAUGUGGGUAAGGACAGUCCUUCUCUCCCUCCUGGCAUUAGCCCAGUGGGGGUCCGCCUCGCCGUACCGCGCAGACCUCGUCGACUACAACAUCAACACCAACCAAAAUGCCCAGACCCCGACAGACUACUCGACCAAUAAACGCUCCAGCUACACCAAGUCGCCACCCAACUGGCGUGCAAUCCCCUUCUACACCGUUCUCAUGGACAAGUUCGCCGAUGGCGACCCUUCCAACAACGACUACUUUGGAACGAUGUACGAGUGGGACUGGCGGGAGACACAGCUUCGGUUCGGUGGUGACUUGAAGGGCCUGGUGUCCAGAUUGGACUACCUACAGGGCAUGGGCAUCAAGGGUAUCUUCAUCUCCGGGACACCUUUCCUCAAUAUGAUCUGGCAGGCAGACAGCUACUCGCCGCUUGAUUUCACGGUGCUUGAUCCCCACUGGGGAACGCUGGCCGAUUGGCAAGCCGCCAUCGACGAGAUCCAUUCCCGCGGGAUGUAUAUCAUGGCGGACUUCACAGUUGGUACCAUGGCUGACCUCGUCGGCUUCAAAGGUUUCCUGAACGAGUCCACGCCCUUCUCAUUAAACGAGUACGAUGCAGUUUGGAAGGAUCCUCUCUAUACGCCCUGGGGAUUCCAGGAGUACAAGGACUUCGCUGUUAACAACGCCUGGAAUGACUCUUGCCAACUUCCCACGUUCUGGGGAGAUGACGGAACCAUUCAGAACAUCGGUUGGACUACCGGCUGCAGGGAGUCCGAUUUCGAUCAGUACGGUGACAUGGAGGCGUUCGGUGUUCACCCUGACUGGCAACGUCAAUUAGCAAAGUUCGCGUCAGUACAGGACCGGCUGCGUGAAUGGAAGCCAGAGGUUAUGGCAAAGCUCAAGACUUUCUCGUGCAUGGCCAUCACCGCUCUCGACAUUGAUGCCAUCCGUAUCGACAAGUCGACCCAGGUCACCGUAGACGCUCUUGCAGAAUGGGCUUCCAGCACCCGUGCUUGCGCCGCUGCCCUGAACAAGACCAACUUCUACAUCCCUGGUGAAGUUACCGGUGGUGACACGUUCGGUUCCCUCUACUACGGACGCGGUCGUACGCCAACUCAGCGGCCCUCGGGCUUCCUGCAGGCGGCAAACACGACGGCUGAUAUGGAUCAGUUCUUCAUGCGCGACAAGCCCCUCAACGCACUUGACGGCGCCGCCUUCCAUUAUUCGACGUACCGCUCCCUCACACGUUUCUUGGGCAUGGAUGGUAACCUGCAGGUCGCAUUCGACGUGGACACGAACUUCAUCACUGCGUGGAACGAGAUGUUCGUCAACAACGACUUCUUGAACCCGUCUUCGGGUGACGUCGACCCGAGGCACAUGUUCGGCACGAGCAACUUCGAUGUCUUCCGCUGGCCUAGUUUGGAGAAUGGGACACAGCGCAGCGCUUUGGGCACGUUCAUUACGAACUUGGUUAUGCCUGGUGUGGCAUUGUAUUACUACGGCGAGGAGCAAAACUUUUAUCUCUACGACACCACCGCAUCCAACUAUCUUUACGGACGGCAGGCCAUGUUCAGCAACAAGGCGUGGCAGAGGCACGGAUGCUACUCUCUCGGAUCUGAUCAGUACUUCAACAUGCCCAUGGGCAAGACCGUACUCGGCUGCCAGGAUGACUGGAACUCGCUCGACCACUUCGAUCCUACCACCGACAGCCGUCGCCUCUUCACUCACUUCCUUGCUCUCCGGAAGCAGUUCAGCUCGCUUCAAGACGGGUUCAACCUUGUGCAGCGGGGUAACUGGACGUACUUCAUUGCCCGGCCGGGUUCGAAUGGAACGCUGACUGAGAUGGGCCUCUGGUCUGUUUCCCGGUCUCCGAUCUCCGGCGUCCAGACGCUCACCGGGAACACCGACCAAGUCUGGAUGCUGUACUCAAACGAGAACACGACGAAGACGUGGGAGUACGACUGUCACAGUUCCUUGUGGAUCUCGUCCCCGUAUCAGAGCGGCCAGGUCGUUCGCAACCUGUUCUAUCCCUACGAGAACUACACCCUCGCCCAAUCGGGCUCGUCGAUUAAUAACAACAGCCAGGCGCCUUGGUUCGGAUGCAUGUCUUCGGUCACGAUGGACCCCUUCGGGUUCAAGGCGCUCGUCCCGAUCACAGAAUGGGUCCCUCCCCCGCCGAUGCUCACCAAGUUCACGCCUGGGCACGACGCGCGCAUCCAAGCCGAGUCUGGAGACGCUAAUGCGACGACGGUUCAGAUCUCGCUCGAGUUCAACCUGCCGAUGGACUGCAACAGCGUCACGAAUGCGAUGACGUUUAACAUGUCCGGUAAUGGCAACGCGCCGACUAUCGACCACAACACCAUCAAGUGUCUUACGCUCACGGACGCCCCUGCGCCGCGUAUUCCUGGCACACCGAUCUCGCAGUGGUCGUGGACAGGCAACCUUGUGAACUUCCCCGACGGUAUCCUCGAGAUCCAGGUCAAGAAUGCGGCCACGCAGACCGGCGUGUCGACUAACGUUACGGACCACCUUCUGUUGCGGAAGGGCUCGUCGAAGAACGUGAUGGUGUUCCCGGAAGCGGACUACGACAGCUCGGCGCUGAGCGUCUCGGGCGGGACUUUCACGUUCACGCACCAGGCGUUCGGCGCGGACAUGUUCCGGUACUCAGCGAACUUUGGACAGAACUGGACGGAGUGGCAGCAGUUUGAGGCGACGUCGACGCUCAAUGCGAGCUUGUUCCACGACAAGGCGAACUUCUGGGAGGGCAACCAUGUGAUGGUGCAGUACUGGAGCGACCUUGCCAAGUCAGCGACCGUGGUCGUUCACGCGGAUCAUGGAUACAGUACUCCCCGGCGUGUUCCUCAGCUGCUUGCUCGUGGUCCCUUCAACCAGUGGGGUUUCGACAAGGGUAUCACCGCGCAAAUGACGCAGCAGUCGAGCGGGAAGUGGGAGCUCGAGAUCAUGGCGAGCUGGCCGACGUACAUGCAGAUCAACGUCUUCGGCUACGACAACUAUUACUACGGAGACAUCGACUCGGACGGUGUUCUCGACCGUCUCCCGCCGAAUACGGCCGCUCCCAACUACCUCAACAUCUCCGCUCCUCCCAAGCCUCACCUUGCCUGGGCCCUUGUCGUCGACGACCAGCAUAUGACUUGGUCUCUCGAGCCGCGCGGCGAGUCUAUUAUCGGGGCGAUCACGUACGCCCUCUUACUGUCCAUCCCGCUCAUCACCGGUGCACUGGCUGUCGUUGUCUUCAUGUGGUCGUUCUAUGGCAUCAAGUACAACAAGUGGGGUGUGAAGCCGACCAAGGACCACAGCAACUACUUCCCCAUCCUGGGCUCGCUGGGUAACAAGUCGAGCUCGAAUGUCAACAAGGAGCACACGCCCUUCUCGGAGAAGGUCUUUGGUCACCAUCACAAGAACCAGGAGGUGAUCGGCUGGCCCGAGGACAAGGACAAGCGCCGCUGUGUGCUCAUUGCCACGCUCGAGUACGAGAUCAUCGACUGGAAGCUCAAGGUCAAGAUUGGUGGUCUUGGUGUCAUGUCGAGUUUGAUGGGUAAAGCUAUGACGGACGUCGACCUGAUCUGGGUCAUCCCGAAGGUCAAGGACCUGGAGUACCCGCCUGGCGAGCCUGCCGACCCGAUUGAGGUCGUCAUUUUCGGCGAGCCCUACCUCAUCGAGGUCGAGUACCACGUCCUGGACAACAUCACCUACGUCAUCCUCGAUUCGCCGGUCUUCCGCGCUCAAACCAAGGCAGACCCGUACCCCGCUCGCAUGGACGAUCUCAGCUCUGCGAUUUUCUAUUCGACUUGGAACCAGGCCAUCGCUGCUACCGUCCGCCGCUUCCCGCACAUCGACAUCUACCAUAUCAACGACUACCACGGUGCGCUCGCUCCGAUUUACUUGCUGCCGAAGGUCCUUCCGGUCUGUCUCUCGCUUCACAACGCCGAGUUCCAGGGCCUUUGGCCGCUGCGCACGAAAGAGGAGAUGAAGGAGGUCUGCUCGGCGUUCAACAUCAGCAAGGAGCACUGCACGAAAUACGUCCAGUUCGGAAACACGUUCAACCUGCUCCACGCUGCUGCGUCGUUCAUCUCGGUCCACCAGAAGUCCGUCGGUGUCGCCGGUGUGUCGGACAAGUACGGAAAGCGGUCCUGGGCUCGGUACCCCGCCCUGUGGACUCUGAAGCACGUUGACUCUCUGCCUAACCCCGAUCCCACGGAUAUCGCUGCUCUCGACGAGAGCCCUGUUUCUGUACGCGACAUCCAGAUUGACCAGUCGGCCGAGGCAGAGCGUCCAGAACACAAGCGUCAGGCGCAGGAGUGGGCUGGUCUUAAGCAGGACCCUAAUGCGGACUUGUUUGUGUUCGUCGGUCGUUGGUCCAAGCAGAAGGGUGUAGAUCUCAUUGCCGACGUCAUGCCGUCACUGCUCGAGAAGCGUCCUUCCAUCCAGCUCAUUACCGUCGGUCCCGUCAUCGAUCUCUACGGUCGAUUUGCGGCGGAGAAGCUCGCCCGUCUCAUGGAGAUGUACCCUGACCGGGUGUACUCGAAGCCGGAGUUCACUGCGCUUCCGCCGUAUCUGUUCAGUGGUGCGGACUUUGCUCUAAUUCCCUCGCGUGAUGAGCCGUUCGGUCUUGUUGCCGUCGAGUUCGGUCGUAAGGGUGCUCUUGGUGUCGGUUCUCGUCUCGGAGGUCUUGGUCUCAUGCCUGGUUGGUGGUUCCCUGUGGAGUCGACGUCUACGGAGCACAUGAUGUCUCAGCUCACAAAGACAAUCAAGAUGGCUCUCAAGUCAACGGAAGAAGAGCGUGCCAUGCUCCGUGCGCGGUCCGCUGUUCAGCGUUUCCCUGUUGUCGAGUGGCGUCAGCGCAUGGAAGACUUCCACAAGCGCAGUAUCAACAUGAGCCGUCAUGUCGCCGGCCCAAACGCAUGGAGGCCAUCGGACGCAAACUUCAACCCGACCACGCACGCUCAGGAGCCAUCGAGUUGGGAGCCCGAGUACCAAGCUUACCCUUCGCAGCCGGACUGGGACAGUCGUAGCAUUGCUGAGAGCCACAGCCCUCGGUUUAGCCUUAGUCCCGCAUCGCCGGGAUCACCCGGACAGUGGAGCCAAGAGUCAUUGACUCCUGGUGGCGACCCGCACCUGAUUGCACCUCCUCGCCUGGUCCCUCACGGACGUAGAGGCUCUGUUAGCACUGACGUCUCAGAGAAUGACGGCGACUACUUCUCUCACAACCCCAACAGCCCUGGAGAGACGCGACAGGACUUUGGUAACUUCUUGGAACGCGCAAACAAGACCAUCGCUCGUGACCAGAAGCAUGCGCCCGAUCCGUUCUUGGAUGCGGCCCCAACGCGCCCCUUCGGUGCUCACUCGCGCGUGUCCUCCGUCGAGUCGAUCGCGUCUAUCGUCGAUGAGAAGCAGAACUCGCCUUUGAAUAAAGCGAUCGCUUCGUUCACUGAUUCCGACGGAGGGGUCGCCUCGGAGUUCGUGCAGAAGCUCCAGAUGCUCAACGCCCACAACUCGAAGCAUGAGCUGUCCAUCGAGAAAUACCUGAUGAAGAGCGAGGAGGCAUUCUUCGACAAGGUCAAGAAAGACAAGCUUUCAAGCGCUGCGAGUAUCCGUUCGUCCCAGCGCGAUUCCGUCUGGGGAACACCAGUGGCCUCAACAUUCGACCACUCUCGCCCUUCGUCUCCUAGCAAUACUUCCUUCGCUGCGAGCGGCAUGAACCUCAACGGCGAGUACAGCGGCCCCCUUCCCAACGGUAACGACGUCGUCAUCAUGACUGGUCUUCAAAUCGCUCUGUCACGAGAGGUCUUCGGUUGGCCGUUGUACACAAUCAUCAUAGCGCUCGGACAGAUGUUGGCGGCAACUAGUUUCCAGAUCACACUGCUUUCCGGCCAGAAUUCGCAGUCGAACCUUCAGCUCUACGUCCUCGGCGGUGUCUUCCUUGCAUCUUCUGUCGUCUGGUACACCCUUUUCCGCAUGAAGCCUUCCGUGUAUGUCCUGUCGGCACCAUGGGUCUUCUUCGCUCUGGCCUUCUUCCUCAUUGGUCUCCCAUCUGUCACCGCGAAGUUGAACGUCGCACACGUCGCGUUGUCUAGUGCUGCGACCUGGGCGUAUGCUGUUGCCUCUGCAGCAGCCUUCUGCUUCUUCGGCCUCAACUUCGGUGAGGAAGCCGGUGCUGCGACGGAAGUCUGGAUGUUGCGUGCGUGUGUCGUCCAGGGUUCCCAGCAGAUUUGGGUCGCUGCCCUGUGGUAUUGGGGUUACAACCUCGAUGGCGUCGGCCAGGACAACCUCGCGCCGUGGUGGAUCGUGCUCAUCGUCUGGCCUCUGGCCGUUAUGAGCUUACUCUUCGCUUACCUCAUGCUCUACGGCUUGCCUGAUUACUACCGUCAGACGCCGCCUAAGGUACCAAACUUCUUGAGAACGCUGUUCCGCCGGAAGAUCGUUCUUUGGUUCCUUGGUUCCGAGAUCCUGCGCGACUAUUGGCUCAGCGGGCCCUAUGGACGCAACUGGAGCUUCCUGUGGAACGUGCCCAUUCCCAAGUGGCAGAUUGCGGUUCUUGUGGUCGCAUUCUUCAUCUUCGUCUGGGCUAUCAUGAUGGGCAUCCUCACCUGGCUGAGCAAGACGCACACAUGGCUCCUGCCUGUCUUUGCCGUCGGUCUCGGCGCGCCAAGGUGGUGUCAGAUGCUCUGGGGAACGUCCUCGCUCGCACUAUACAUCCCAUGGGCAGGCCACGCGGGACCAUACCUCGGCAUCUCGCUCUGGCUCUGGCUCGGUGUGCUCGAUGCCAUUCAAGGUGUUGGUCUCGGUCUCAUCCUCCUUCAAACACUCUCCCGUCUACACGUGUGCGCAACGCUUGCCUUCGCACAGGUCAUCGGUUCAGUAUGUGUCAUGGUCGCCCGCGCAACGGCACCGAACCGUAUCGGACCAGAGAGCGUGUUCCCAGACGCGGCGCAAUGGGACUUCGAGGACGGCCUAAAAGGCAGCCCGCUCGCGUCCGCACCGUUCUGGAUUGCCCUCAUCUGCCAGCUCGUGAUCGUCAUUGGUUACUUCUGGUUCUACCGCAAGGAGCAGCUUGCCCGCCCAUGAUCACGACUUGUAAAGAGACUUGGCAUUCGCAUUACUCAUGGACACUUCCAUUACUUAUCUUACAAGGGCAUCUCACAUACGCAUGGACUCUGGAGUUAGUUAGAUACUGGGUCGGACUUUUCUCUGUACUCGCGCCACAUAGUCGCUCCACACACUCUCUACUACACCUGUGUCAUAGACUAGAGUAUUUUGCAUAAUGUCGCAUCUCCCGGCAGCAAACAAACGUAGCCGCUUUCCCUAUUGCAUGCACUGCCAUUC